AUGGUUCUCAAAUACGGCUACGCUAUAGGUGAACAGGUCGGUAAUUUGACUAUGACUGCUGGAAAGAUUAUCACCCCCACAAAAUUACCGGAGGUGAUCAGUUUGUCAGUUGUAAACUCUUCCAGGUUCAUAAUUCUUGGAACUAAGCCAGAAAUUCUUGAAUGGCUUUGCACUUAUUCUCACAUUAAACUUGAGGUGACCUUGUUUGAUGAUGUAACAGAAGCACCUCACGUUCGUGUUCCGGAUGUAGUUAUUGAUCUCUUACCAACAUUCAACGAAUUUGGUUACGCCAAACAUAGUUCUCUUCUUGAUUAUAUCAUUCCAACACAUCAUCCUAAUCCAAGUGAAGAACCAGUACGCCUUGAGUUUCGUCCUGCAGAUCCCAAAACUGAUGAAAAUAUUGAUCCAUAUUUCCGUAUUAUUGUGGAAAGAGGUUCAGCAUUUGGUGAAAUCUUUAAUGAAAUUAAGGAUAAAUGGGAUUCGGUUGUUUAUCCUAAUGUGUGGGAUGAUUUGAAAAAUCUUGCGACCCUGUCCCAUCAAUAUCUAGAAAAUCAUGAUCGUGAAAAUUCAUCUGCUUCCUAUAGUAAUCAACUUAAAAGUGUGGUAGUGGAUCAGAAAUGA